AUUGUUCGUUCGUUUGUCGAGGUUCUCUGUACGAUACACGUGCGGAAAUAAAGUAUUCUUUUAAACGGUAUAGCUCUGACUACGUGUGGUUUCGUCGCCCAUUAUUCUAUCCUAGACGUCUUUUAUAUAGUUUGCUCAAUGAGUUUGGUAUUAAAUCAUAUUGUUAUGCAAUAUGUUUUCACAUAAGCAAAUUACUACAUUUGUCUACAAUACAAAAGAUUUUAAUUUUGUUGUUAAUUCAUAUGAAAAAAAUGAGUCCUCAUUUGAUAAUGUUUUGAAACAUACAUGGAAACAAGCUGAAGAAAUGAAAGCAUUUCGAUAUAUUUUGAAUAUAAAAGAUUAUAAAAUAUUGAAAGGAAAAUACAGAUUCCUUGCACAGUUAAAUCCAGAUAGAGCUCAAAAUAGACGUGCCGCAGAAUCGAUUACUUCUACGUUACAACCUUUUAGCUCUAUAGGUUUCAAUUUCACUAAACUGACACAGCAAGAAAUAUUAUUUGAUGUAGGAAAUGGCGACACAAAUAAUAUAGUUGCAAUUAAUGCCAGUCCCUUGGAGCAGAAUCAUUGUUUACUUCUUAUAGAACGUUUAAAGUGUUUGCCACAGAUUAUGACAGAGUAUAGCCUUCACAAAGUAUUAGAAUUAUGUUUAUUAAGUAAUUCAUGGUCUUUAAGAGCUGCUUUUAACGGUUUGUGUGCACUUGCCUCCGUUAAUCAUUUACAUUGGCACUUAUACUAUUUAAAACAUGAGAUGCUUCUUGAAUAUAUUGAUAUUUGCAGUUAUAUUUCUGGAAUAUAUUUAUUAGUAGAUUACCCAGCAAAAGGAUUUUGUCUUAAAUGGUCUGAUUUUAAAAAUAUUAAAGAUUUUGUAUCUCGCACAUUUCGUGUAGUAAACUAUUUACAAUCACGUCAAAUGGCACAUAAUGUGUAUAUUACACGUGCAAAAUCAAAAUGUAAUGAUGAAUUGUAUAAUGACGUACGUAUUUAUAUUUGGGUUAGAAAACCAUUAAUUGGUAUAAAAGACAUAACUGCGCCAUUCACAUCUGGAGUUUGCGAACUAUUUGGACAUUUAUCAAUCAAGGAUGAAAAUGUAUAUAAUAAUCUAACAGAAGAUAAUGUAAUUAGUGUCCUCUAUGAUAUUACGGAAGAAUAUUUCUUAUUAAUCAAAGAUGAACUUAAAAAUGUUUUAGAAAAAUAAAUAAAAAUAUUUAGGCUGAUUUUCUUUUAGAAGACAAAUCGACACAAGUUAACACACUCGAACACAAUAAGACUUUACUCUUGAGUAGAAUCGGAAAGUGUCUAUUGAGUUUGUAAAUGAAAAGCGACGUAUGUCGUUUUGUGUUAAAGUCACAAAGUCACUCUUAAUGUAACACACAAUUUUUAUAUAUUUUAAAUUUUCAUUGACAAAAUAUAAUUUGGGUAUUUAUAAAUACAAAUAAUCUAUCAAGACUGAUGAAUACGCAAUUCAUGAGAUUUUGAGCAAGUAAAAAUUGUAAACAAAAAUUGUACAUAACGUGAAUAUAUGCGUGUUUUAUCUCUAUCAACUCAAAUGUAGAUUAAAAAGACGUUAAGAUUAAACAGAAAUACAAAAUA